UACACGAGGCAAGACUUCACUGAUUACUAUAUAACAUAUUCUGCGGUCUACAGCGGCAUCGUCGACGGAACACCAUGAAUGUCGUAGAAGAGUUUUGUAACGAUAUUUCCAAAUACUAUCCCGACACGAACGACUUUUAUAGCUGGUACAUCGCGCUUUGUGUAAUCAACGGAAUUUUGGCUCUCUCUGCGAUAUUUGGCAAUACGAUUAUCAUCUGUGCCCUAACAAAGACAUCUUGUGCCUUAUCUCCUUCGCAAAUACUGCUGCUUGGUUUGGCUUUUUCCGAUCUAGGUGUUGGCUUAGUCGUACAGCCCUUCUACAUCUCCGUGAUAUUUAAGAUGCUCCUAAGUAAUUCUGCCUCUCCGGAUGACUCUGAGUGCAAAACCAAGAUUGCUUUUCUAGUUGUAGGAACUUUUCUUGCUGGCGUUUCAUUCUUCGUCGUUUCCGCGAUCAGCUUUGAUCGUUUCCUCGCUAUCAGCCUGCAUCUUCGUUACAGGGAAAUUGUAACAGAAAAGAGAGCAGGCAUUACUCUGACCGUACUGUGGACGCUCAGCGCAAGUGUAGCUCUCGGUUACCUGUUCAUGGGAGAUGUUAACCGAGAAGCAGUGUCCAGCACAUUUGCGGUAAUAUUUUUCGUCACAACCACCAUAACUUUUGUAAGAAUCUACCUCGCUGUCCGCAAACAUCGUUUGCAGAUAAAAUCCCAAGAACAAACGGCAAGUGAAAAUUGCAAAGAAUUAGCGCUGAGCAAAAGACAGCUUAAAUCAUCCGUCAACAUCUUGUACAUUUACAUCGUGUUCACCGCUUGUUAUCUUCCCUAUACUGGUACAAUGCUGAUCAUUGUAAAGUCUGAGCACGGAUUAUUUCUGAAAGGAAUGUUUCAGUUUUCAAUGACAUUAGGAUUUUUUAAUUCGUCCCUAAAUCCUAUUUUAUACUGCUGGCGGAUGAGAGAGAUACGGAGAUAUGUUUUAAAAAUACUCAAGACUUUCCUGCCUUGUUUUAAAACGGAUCAAGGUACUGAGAUCCCAAAGGAGAAGAAAUUAUCAAUCCUCAGCUCCUCUCAUUUCAAAAGAGACUAGUCAACAAAGACUCGUGCAAGUCAAAUUAACUCAACGAAGUAUUC